AUGAUAGAUAACGAUCCCAAGGACUUCCCCGCCCCGGCUCGUCCGCAUCAAAUCCUCUCUUGCCGACCCCGAGAUUGUCACCGAGGCUAUCUCCAGCCCGACCCGGCUGGCCUCUCGAAGGUCCCGACAUUCCACUGGCCUGGCUAUCCGCACAGCCUUCUUGCGAUCUAUCCUCCAGCCCAAACCUCCACAUCUAAUGCGUCACAUUACCCGAACAACCUGAAGAACUUGUACGGAAAUAUGGCAGUGAGCGAGUCGCCUGAGGGUGAAUCGGGGGUCCACAGUCUGCCGAUGGUAGCCCAAGACUCAGCGAUGGGUUCGAAGGCAGCGACAGUGGCGGACCCGGCGGCAGAGGAGAAGCCAAUGGUCCCCUGCCCCUCCUCGAUCGGCCACUCCAAGCACAACCCCCGCUCGCCGAGCUUCAAUGUGGAGCAUGCGCUGGCCGAUGCAAUGUCCGAGCAAAGUAUCGGCAGCCUCGCCACUCUCGAGUUCGUCCGCUCUCACUCGUCCACCGAGUUGUCCCGGUCCGACACCUCCGGCAGAAGACAAACCCAGAUAGGAUGUAAAGAUCUUUAUCGUGGGAGGGGGAGAAAAGGGAACAUGGUCAGAUAUAUUUAG